AUGUUCUGGUCCGCCCUUCCUGCUCAACACAAUACUGUACAAGAAGAAGAACAACAGUACAACGGAUGGAAAGCCAGGAAAAGACGCACGCACAGAUGUCAAGCAUUGAAUGAUCUAUCAGAGCCAGAGCAAGGCCAACUACGUGCUAGUUGUUCUAUCUCGAGCAUCCAUCGGCGUUCUGGUAUCUCUAGAAUCGAUCUCUUUGAGGAACAACGCACCAACUGCAACUCUUGCUGUUGUGUACACGAAAACUUCUGGUCGUGUUCCUGCUCGGCACGUUCGUCUUCUGGACGCACUCUAGUACCUACUGUGAGCUAGUGUCGUGCUUUGGCAGUCUUGGUAUGCAGUCAAACUUUUUCGCCGGUACAACAAGAACUCGCUGGAAGGGGAAUGUUUGUUACCGAGCUUCUACUUUUUUUACUUGUUAUUUUUAGGAAUUGAAUGGAGUCAAUGUCAAUCCUCGGAAAAAAG